AACUUUCUAUCAUCAGGUCCGGUCCAUAUAAAAUUAUCAAAUGAACAGCUUAAUUUGUCUUCGUCUUCGUCUUCCACCAGCGCUCCUCUCUCUCUCUCUAAUCGAAUUGAAGUCAUUUUGCGGAAGGAAGAAAAUGGUUAAUGGAUUAAUCAACGAGAACCCGAUCGUGUACGAGAUAAAACAUCGUCGUGAUGUUCGUGCCGAUUCCAGCAGCAAUACCAAUGAGCUCUCGGUAGAUGCAAUCGAUCAUCUCGAAGUUUUCGAUCAUAUAAGAGAUAUAAAAGAUCCAGAGCAUCCUUACUCUCUGGAACAACUCAAAGUCCUUACAGAAGAUUCUGUUGAAGUUGAUGAUUCCAAGAGUCAUGUUAGGGUUACGUUCACUCCAACGGUGGAACAUUGUAGCAUGGCAACUAUUAUUGGUCUCUGUGUCCGCGUGAAGCUUAUGAGAAGCCUUCCUCGUCGUUACAAGAUUGAUAUAAGGGUAGCCCCCGGUACUCAUGCAACUGAGGCUGCAGUCAAUAAACAACUAAACGACAAAGAGCGUGUGGCGGCUGCACUAGAGAAUCCAAACCUUGUGGAGAUGGUCGAUGAAUGUCUAUCUUCAUCAUUUGAAUGAUGCCCUUGAUGCUCUCGAGAUACACUUUCAUAUACAGUAUGUAUAUGUCUGCAAAUAUUUUGAUCAGUUACUAUACGUUUAGUUUCAUGUUUAGUGGAAGACGGGGAAUAUAUCCACAGAACCAUCUCAGAAAGGAUUAUUUCAGAUACUCUGCAACAGAACUUGUUGCACGCUUGUUCUUUCACACAUUUGUCCCAUUUGUUGCCAUCUUGUUAUGGGUAUAACUCGAGUUUUUCA